UUUCAUAGGAGAAUUUACAAAGGAAUCCCACUCCAGCUUAGAGGUGAAGUCUGGGCUCUGCUUCUGGAGAUCCCUAAAAUGAAAGAAGAAACAAGAGGCCUUUAUAGUAAAUUAAAACACAGAGCACGGGGUUGUUCACCUGAUAUCAGACAAAUAGACCUUGAUGUCAACCGCACAUUUAGGGACCAUAUUAUGUUUAGAGACAGAUAUGGUGUUAAGCAACAGUCCCUAUUCCAUGUUCUUGCUGCAUAUUCUAUUUAUAACACGGAAGUUGGAUACUGUCAGGGGAUGAGCCAGAUCACAGCUUUGCUCCUUAUGUAUAUGAAUGAAGAAGAUGCCUUCUGGGCCCUGGUCAAACUAUUCUCAGGCCCCAAACAUGCCAUGCAUGGCUUUUUUGUUCAAGGUUUUCCUAAACUCUUGAGGUUUCAAGAACAUCAUGAAAAAAUACUGAAUAAAUUUCUAUCCAAGCUUAAGCAACACUUGGAUUCUCAAGAAAUCUACACAAGUUUUUACACAAUGAAAUGGUUUUUUCAAUGUUUCCUUGAUCGUACUCCUUUUACACUAAACCUCAGAAUAUGGGAUAUCUACAUCUUUGAAGGAGAACGAGUUCUUACCGCUAUGUCUUACACAAUCUUAAAAUUACACAAAAAACAUCUAAUGAAAUUGUCUAUGGAAGAACUUGUAGAAUUUCUUCAGGAGACCCUGGCAAAGGACUUUUUCUUUGAAGAUGACUUUGUAAUAGAGCAACUUCAGAUUUCUAUGGUGGAACUAAAGCGUGCAAAAUUAGACCUUCCAGAACCUGGUAAAGAGGAUGAAUAUCCAAAGAAACCUUUGGGACAGCUUCCACCUGAAUCUGCUUGCAUUAGUCACCUGAGCAAUGGACAAAGAAGUGUGGGCAGGUCAAGUCCCCAUAUGAGCAGCAGAAGAGAAAGUGGCUCAUCACCUCACAAAAAACAUGAGCAUUCCCCUCGCCAUCAGAGUAGAGUUGGUACACCAGAACGAGUAAGGGCGCUAAGACGGAAAUCAGAGGAUGAAGACAGUAAAAAGCUUAAAGAUGAAACAGAUCUUCCAAGAAAACUUCCAUCAGGUCCACAAGACAGUUCCAGGCAAUAUAAUCAUGCAGCUGCUAACCAGAAUAGCAAUGCCACUUCAAAUACCAGGAAGGAAUUUGUGCCCAAGUGGAAUAAGCCAUCAGAUAUUUCAGCUAUUGAAAAAACUGCCAAAUACGCCAUCGAAGGCAAAAGUAGGUCAGCGCACCCUGCACUUACAGUCACCAUCCCAAGUUCUGCUGAUACUCGGGUAUCAAAUGUAAGGCAGAAGAUGAAGGUUUUGGAUGCUGAUGAAGGGAAACGGGGCUCUACUGCGUCCCAGUAUGAUAACGUACCUGAAAAUGACAACAGCGCUUCCGUCGAAGAGGCACUAGAAAGAGCCUACUCCCAAAGUCCAAGGAAUGUGGUUUACUCUCACAGCCCGAGGAAGCAUGUGGAGCCAAGUUCUAGUCCAUCAAGAAUAUUAAACAAGUUUACUUUUAAAGUGCAGCCUGCAGGUUAUGCAAAAUACCCAUCUCCGUUAGACGGGGAGGAGCGCAGGACAGUGCACCCUCCAUCCUACAGUAACCCCCCUGUUUACCAUGGAAAUUCUCCCAAACGCAUCCCUACUGCUAACAGCAGCUUUGCAUCUCCACAGUUUACCCAUGGGACUCAAAUGAAUCCCUCCCGGAGACCUUAUGGCUCUACUCUGUCAGUCGAUAUUUCUCCAGAGAAAUCUUACAGCCGCCCGCUUCCUGUUGUGCUGCCCUCCAGCCGCAUAGAAGUUCUUCCCAUUGACACUGGUGCCGGGGGAUAUGCAGGCAAUUCAGAGUCACCAAAGAAUGGACAAUUCAUCAUUCCUCCCAUGGAUUAUCUGCCAGAUAACAGAAAAUGGCCGGAAGUUAGUUACACGUACAGACCCGAGACUCAUGGACAGUCGUGGACUCAGGAUGCUAACCGUGGCCACUUGAGCAAUUUACCAAAAUAUUCCGCCUUUCAGCAUGUUCCCUUUCAGGACCAUGGCCUCCCGGCAGUUUCAGUAGAUAGUCCAGUGCGAUAUAGAACUUCCCCAGGUUUAGAAGAUGCCAGUUCCUCUGGGUAUCAAUAUUCAGGGCCCUCACCUCCAGUGUAUCACUACAGAAAUCGGGAUGGACUUUCUAUUCAAGAAUCAGUAUUGCUGUGAGAAUUUAUCUGUACUUGGUAAACACAAGAGAACAGAAACCAUUUGAAACCUACAUUGCUAUGUUUAUAAUUGCCAAAGCAGUAUUUUAUACUAUUGUAAACAUAAACAUCUUGCACAAUUCCAGUGUAUGCUAGUAAUAAGAAUAUAUAGGAGCGUUUCAUCCCCAUGUAGAUGCUGCUUACGAUGAGCAUUUUUAAAUUGCAUCAUCACUGAACCUGUUAAAAAGAAUUUAACAUGGAAACAUAGCAAUAGCAUUUAGGGAUGCACGCAGAGUGAUAAUUCAUGACUCGGUUUCAUUUAUAUCGUUCUCCAAAACCUGAGCAUUUUUGCGCCAUUAGCCCAUCCUGUUUUGAGUAACAUUAGAAAGCACUGAAAAACCGUGUAGAAUAGAUAUUUUUAAGGCUCUAUAUAGUGUGUGUGUCUUUCAGUAGAUACCAGAAGGCCUCCAUGCACACACAGAACUAAAGGAACGUU